AUGCACCAUGCAAAUCAUAGCCAUCAGAACCCAGCCUCCUUCCUGCUCAUGGGAAUUCCUGGGCUGGAGGCAUUUCACUUUUGGAUUGCAUUUCCCUUUUGCUCCAUGUAUGCCUUGGCAGUACUUGGGAACAUAGCAGUGCUGCUGGUAGUACGCUCAGAGCCUACACUGCACCAGCCCAUGUACCUAUUCCUAUGCAUGCUGUCCAUCAUUGACCUGGUGCUCUGUACCUCCACUGUGCCCAAGCUCCUAGCACUCUUUUGGACAAAAGCUGCUGAAAUUGCUUUUGGGGCUUGUGCUACCCAGAUGUUCUUUAUUCAUGGCUUCUCAGCUGUAGAAUCGGGCAUCCUGCUUGCAAUGGCCUUUGACCGCUACUUGGCCAUCUGCCGGCCAUUACACUAUGGCUCACUACUGCCCCCAGUGGCUGUGGGCAAGCUGGGAGCUGCUGCUGUGCUCCGUGGCCUGGGGCUCAUGACCCCACUCACCUGCUUACUGGCAAGGCUGAGCUACUGUAGCCGAGUGGUGGCCCACUCCUACUGUGAACAUAUGGCAGUAGUAAAGCUGGCUUGUGGGGGCACAAAACCAAAUAAUAUCUAUGGCAUCACUGCUGCCACGCUUGUGGUAGGCACUGACUCCAUCUGCAUCGCUGUCUCCUAUGCACUCAUCCUGCGGGCUGUGUUAGCCCUCUCCUCCAAGGAGGCAAGGACCAAGACUUUUGGCACCUGUGGCUCCCAUCUGGGUGUCAUUCUGCUCUUCUACACACCUGGACUCUUCUCGUUCUACACACAGCGUUUUGGCCAGCAUGUACCCCGGCAUGUCCACAUUCUUCUGGCUGACCUAUACCUAAUCGUGCCACCCAUGCUCAAUCCCAUCAUCUAUGGCAUGAAGACAAAGCAGAUCCGAGAUGGGGCUCUCCGACUACUGAAAUGGAGCCCUAAUCAAUCAUAA